AUGCCUGGCCGCACGCUCCCGACGUUUACGCUCGCCGAGGUCGAGUCGCACAACUCCAGGAAGUCCUGCUUCGUCACCGUGGGGAGAAAUGUCUACGAUGUGACCGACUUUGUCGACUCGCAUCCCGGCGGUUCCGAACUCGUUCUAGAGUAUGCCGGCAAAGAUAUCGCUGCCAUCCUCAAGGACGAGACGUCACAUACGCACUCGGAAGCGGCCUACGAAGUGCUCGACGACUCGCUUGUCGGCUUCUUGCCAGCGUUGAAUGGGACAUCGGCGAACGGAAAGGCCAAGUCGACCGCGGUCGACAGCGGCGAAGUCACAGCAGACGGCGAGUUUGUGCACCCCCGGACCGGCAUGUCCAAGGAGGAGGAUCUCUCCAAGGAGACGGACAUCGCGGACGACUACAAGACACACAAGUUCCUCGACUUGAACCGACCGCUCCUGCUGCAGGUCUGGUUUGGCGGCUUCUCCAAAGAGUUCUACCUAGACCAGGUCCAUCGGCCGCGCCACUACAAGGGAGGACAGUCUGCCCCCAUCUUUGGCAACUUCCUCGAGCCCCUUUCAAUGACGCCGUGGUGGGUCGUACCGCUCGUAUGGCUGCCGCCCGUGUCGUACGGCCUCUAUUUGGCGAGCGAGGGGUUCAACAAUCUCUAUGAAGAGGCCGGCUGGUUUCUUUUCGGUCUGUCCGUUUGGACCCUGGUCGAAUACGUCCUUCACCGCUUCCUGUUCCACCUGGACUAUUACCUACCUGACAACCGCGUCGGUAUCACACUCCACUUCCUCCUCCACGGCGUUCAUCAUUACCUACCCAUGGACAAGUACCGGCUGGUCAUGCCGCCGACGCUGUUUUUCGUGCUCGCAUUUCCCUUUUGGAAGCUGGUGCACGUCAUCUUUUUCUUUAACUGGUACAUCGGGACAACAGGGUUCUGCGGUGCUAUCUUUGGGUAUAUCUGCUAUGACCUGACGCACUACUUCCUCCACCACCAAAACCUCCCGCUUUGGUGGAAGAAGCUCAAGAAGCUCCACCUCCAGCACCACUUCCUCGACUACGAGAACGGAUUCGGGGUCACCAGCCCGUUCUGGGAUAACGUGUUCGGCACUCAGCUCAGGUCCCCGUUGAAGACGCAGUAA